AGUCAGUUCAUGAUUCCUGACCACAGAGCUCGUUUCAACCAGACUUCUGUUAGCAUCACCGAGUCACAUAUUUCUGCUUCUUUUAACCUCUCGUUUCACCCUUUUCUCCAAAGGCCUAUAUACCUUCUUUUGUAUUCACACCAGUUUCUUACUUUACCCCUUCACAGACCGUAAGCUAAAGUUCCUUUUUCUGUAAAAAAAUGUCACAUCUAAUUAUCAGCAGUUGUCUUUUUUCUUUUUUCUAAAACAAAAAUGUCAUCUUCCUGGGGUUGGUUAGAAGUUAACAGGAAGCUGCAAAGAAGUUGCACCAGAUGCCAUUAUGUGGUUGUUUAGAAAGAGUUAUGGAGUGAGUCAAGUCUUUGUACUAUUUCACUGUAGACAUGGCCUCCAGAAACACAGGUUUUCUAACAUGCAAAUUCCACAUGCAUACCCCACCUUGAGUUUAAUUUUACUUCACUUUUGUAAGUCUUCCUUGCUAAAUUUCAAAGUCAACUGACGUGUUUUAACUGAUGAAGAGCUUCAUAUUUGUGAAGAUGAAUUAAUGGAAGGAGAAGGACUUAAAAAGACCUUGUUUAUUUGGUGGCUUCUGUUCCUAAAUUAUUUUAGUUUCUUGAAUUGGGAAUAUGGAGAUGGCCGCUGUCUCUUUGUUUGUUUUCUUUGCUCUCUUUCAACCCGUGCUUCUUCAACCAAUAGAAGGUCCAAAUUGUCCCCGUUUUAACUGUGGAAGUCUCGGGGAACUCGUCUUCCCUUACACUAACAUAACAGAGAAUACGGAAUGCGGUUUAUUUGUAGUGAAUGACUGUGAUAAGGAGCAUCGGCAGAUCCAGUUAGAGAGAGGAUCAGGAAAAUGGUAUACAGUUGAAAGGAUCCAAUUCCAAAACCCUUCAGUGAGUUCCAUUUCCAUCAUUGACACAGAGCUUCAGAAGAGUUUGGAUUCAAGGAAUUGCGCAUCCUUCAACAAUUUAAGUCUUCCGCAUGUGCCACUCGUUAAUAUACAAAUUGUGCCCAGCCAAUUAAUAACCCUGUUGAAAUGCGAUCCCACUGCUAAAGUUACAAGUCCUCUUAAUAAAUUUAACCACACAGGGUGCCCCAACCUCAACAUUUUCUACACUGACAUAACUAGAGAAAUACCUAUUCCUCCAACCAGUUGUUCAACUAUUCAGCUUCCAGCGAAUAUAGACAAUGGUUAUGAGGAUAUAUUCAAACUAUUAACUGCUGACUUCACUCUUCAAGUGACUCUAUCAUUUGAAUUCCACUUUUGUGAGCAGUGCCAUUUACAAGCAGGCGAAUGUCAUGGCAACAGCACAGGGAAGUUGCAGUGUCUAAAUGCCAAUGGAUCGGAAAUUAAAAUAAAUUGGGAAAAAGAAGGGCCAGAACCUCAUAAGAAAAAGAAGGAAGAGUUGGCAUGGGAACUAGCAGUAGGUUUGGGAUGCCCUGCUUUCCUUAUAACAUUGGCGCUCGUGAUUUUCUUCUGUCGUCGACACAAUAGAAAAAUGGCUUCCCCAAACCUUCUUCGAGUAAACACUUACUCUGGUGCCUUCUCAAAAUCAGACCUCGAAGGUGCUAAUAUCUAUUUUCGAGUCUCCAUUUUCUCCUAUGCUGAACUUGAAGAAGCCACUAAUAAUUUUGCCUCAGAAAAUGAACUCGGAGAUGGAGGUUUUGGAACUGUUUUCUAUGGAAAACUUCAAGAUGGGCGUGAGGUUGCAGUCAAGCGUUUAUAUGAGCGCAACUGCAGGAAAGUACAGCAGUUCUUGAAUGAAAUUGAAAUCCUUACUCGACUGCGCCACCAAAAUCUUGUGUCCCUUUAUGGGUUUACUUCACGCCGCAGCCGCGAGCUCCUGCUUGUCUACGAAUACAUUCCCAAUGGAACUGUUGCUGAUCAUCUUCAUGGCGAUCGAGUCAAUUCUAGUCCACUCACCUUGCCUAUUAGGAUGAGGAUUGCGAUAGAAACCGCCAAUGCAUUGGUUUACCUUCAUGCUUCUGGUAUCAUUCAUCGAGAUGUGAAGACCAACAACAUCCUCCUUGACAACAAUUUCUGUGUCAAAGUUGCAGAUUUUGGGAUUUCCAGAUUGUUCCCCAAUGACGUUACUCAUAUAUCAACAGCCCCACAAGGGACUCCUGGCUAUGUUGACCCUGAAUAUUACCACUGUUACCAGCUAACUGAAAAGAGUGAUGUUUAUAGCUUUGGUGUUGUCCUGGUUGAGCUCAUAUCAUCCAUGCCUGCUGUCGAUAUAACAAGGGAAAGGCAUGAGAUUAAUUUGGCCAACUUGGCAAUAAACAAGAUUCAAAGAUCUGCAUUUGAUGAGUUGAUUGACCCUUUUCUUGGAUAUCAGUCAGAUGAAGAAGUACAAAGAAUGACAGUAUUAGUUGCAGAGUUGGCUUUUCUCUGUUUACAGCAAGACAAGGAAAUGAGGCCUGCUAUGCAUGAGGUUCUGGAGGAACUAAAGAGAAUUGAAAGUGGGGAAUGUGAGUCGGAUAAUUUAGAGAACAGGAAGCAUGGUGAUGUCUAGGUAUUCAAAGGGUCAGAUCCGGCGCUGCCACCAGAUAUUGUAGCUGAAAAAUGAGUAGUAUUACUACAUCCUGUGCUACUUAGUUUUCAAAAUAACUUAUUAGUGUAUCUACUUAGUUCUUGUUUUAUUUUCUCCCUGCUUACUGAAGGAACCUUGCUCGACAUUGAGAAUGAUUAUUAAACCGAAACAAAAAUCAGUUUGUUCAGAACUAAACAACAGAAGGGUUAUUUAAAGCAGAAUAAGGAGAAGUUUUAAUCA